CGCACUGCAGAAUUGCGUUGUUCAAAAGAAAAAGACAGUAGAAAACAAAACAAGCUGCUUUCCUUCUAGCUAACCUCGGUUAAGGCUUGGCCUUAUUCAUGACUCCUAUUUGCUGUUUCGUUUAAUGUUUUAGUUCAGCUACAUUCGUCUGUGCGAAUAUAUAUUCGUCAUAAGACAGCUGUUUGCUCAGCAAGGGUGCAUUUAAACGUAAAAUGGCGACAGCGGACGACUCCCGAUUCUACAGUGAACAUGAUGAUCGUGUUGGACCCAAGCAUCGCAGGAAAGGCAGAGGACCUUUCAGAGCACCACUGUAUAGCGACCAAAUCUCGAAGCAGAGACAUCGUGGAGGCCAAGGAGGAGGAGGUGGCGGAGGUGGAGGGGGAGGAGCUGGUCCCAGAUCCAGAUUUGACGACGAUGAUGGGGAUAUCGCAAUGACGGAUGACUCUCAUGAUGGGGGACCACAACGGAGAUUCACUCCUUAUGGGAGGCCCCAAAAUCGACGUAAUGGUCGAAGAGGAGGAAAGGAUGCAAGAGGAGAUGGCGGCAACCACAGGGGGCGGGGAAAUAGAGGAGGGGGAGGGGGAGGAGGUGGUGGAGGAGGCAGUGGAAACAUUGGAGAUGGAGCUGAUGGAGGUGGAGGCCGUAAAAACUGGUUCAAGAUGACUAUCCCCCAUGGGAAAAAAUAUGAAAAACAGUGGCUUCUCACUGCACUACAGAGCAUCAGCUCAGUGCCAUUCCACCCCAUACAGUACCAUAUAGAAGGAAACCGUGCACAGUUCUACAUUGAUGAUUCUUCCACAGCAUAUGCAUUGGCCAAAGUGUCCAGAAAAAUCACAGACAAAGACGGAUAUAAGGUAACAGUCUUGCUGAAUCAGUGCCCGCCCCCGAGCUUGCCCCAACAGGACUUGAAGCUAGAGGACCUGGAGCAUUUAAAGCAAUGCAUGUCCAAGCGCUUUGAUGCCUCACAACAGGCCCUUGAUUUGAACAACAUCAGAGUUGACCCAGAUUUGGUUUCCUUGAACAUUGAUGUGACGCUUAAUAGGAAGAACUCCAUGCAGGCGGUCAUUAAGAUCAUUGAGGAUAACAUCCCAGAGCUGGUUUGUUUAAACCUAAGCAACAACAGAUUGCACAAGCUGGAUGACCUCUCUGACCUUGUCAGGAAAGUCCCAAAUCUGAAGAUUUUGAAUCUCUCGCACAACGAGAUAAGGUCGGAGAGAGAGUUGGACAGGCUGAAGGGGCUGAGACUGGUGGAGUUAUCACUACAAAGGAACCCUCUUUGCGACCACUUUAGCGACCAGGCCGACUACAUUAGUGCCAUACGAGAGAGGUUCCCCAGGCUGCUCAAACUGGAUGGACACGACCUUCCUCCUCCCAUCGGCUUUGACCUGGAGGUCGCUCCGGCCGUUCUUCCUCCAAGCAAGCCCAGUUACUUCGGCUCAGAAGAACUGAAGGGCCUCAUCACCUGCUUCCUGCAACAGUAUUACGCCAUAUAUGACUCGGCAGACAGACAGCCUCUGCUCGAUGCUUAUCACGAUGGAGCAGCGUUCUCGCUCAUUCUCCCGUUCUCCACACAGAACCCUUCCAGAAGCAGUUUGGGAGAGUACCAGAAGGACAGUCGUAACAUCAAGCGAGUGAAAGAUUCCACUACAAGGUUUCGCUUGCUGAAGCACACACGGUUAAACGUGGUCGCGUUUCUGAAUGAGUUACCCAAGACCCAGCAUGACAUCGCCUCAUUUAACGUCGACGUCAACACCUACACUAACACCUUGCUGUCAUUCACGGUCAGUGGAGUGUUUAAAGAAGUGGAUGGCAGCUCUCGAGACUCGUACAGAGCUUUCUCUCGGGUCUUCAUUGCCGUAUCCCCCGGAAAUGGAACCAUGUGUAUUGUAAACGAUGAGAUGUUUGUCCGAAAUGCCACGACGGAGGAGAUUCGGCGAGCGUUUGUGGCUCCAGCCCCGACCCCCUCCAGCAGCCCUGUGCCCACGUUGUCGGCCAUGCAACAGGAAAUGCUCUCUGCAUUCUCCCAGCAGUCGGGCAUGAAUCUCGAGUGGUCUCAAAAGUGCCUGCAGGACAACGACUGGAAUUUUGAACGUGCUGGUCAGAUUUUCACAGACCUUAAGGCCCAAGGAAAGAUCCCAGACGUGGCUUUCACAAAGUGAAACUUUUUUGUCCAGGAAGCUGCAGAACAAGGCCUAGAUUUGUGUUUGUAGCUGAUGUAAUUAUUGUUGAUUAAAUGACCAGUUUCAUUGUUUUAUGAGUUUUGUUUUGUUUUUUUGGUGAUGUUCUUUCUCUACAAUAUUUACCAGCUACUUAUUCUGUACAAAAAUGUAGAAUAUCCAUCAAACUUUGUUGUAUACUUUCUCUUUGAAUGUUAUGUUUUGAUUAAAAAGUUUUGAAAUAUU